AUGACUCCGGAGGAGAAAGCCAUGACGGUGCCCAGCCUGCGUAAAGAGGGCAACGACCUCUAUGCUGCGGGCAAGUGGUUCGAGGCCGCCGCCAAAUACGAGGAGGCGUUGGGCCUGCUCGAACAGCUGCUUCUCCGGGAGAAACCCGGUGAACCGGAACACACCAGUAUCGAUCUUCAACGUGUACCCUUCCGCGUUAAUCUGGCUCAGUGCCAAUUCAAGCUUAAGGUUGGUCGCCUGCACUCUCUGGCUCUGCGUUCUAGCCUGUUCUUCUUUCUCUUUUUUCCCUUCUAG